AUGCAAUCCUCAAGAAGGGCUAUUUCUGAGAGGAGGAUUGCUUCCAAGAAGAGGUCAAAGAGGCGGAAGUAUUCAGGUGCUUGUGAAAUGAAAAUUCUUAACUCUACCAUGAAGGCUGUGGAGCCUCCACAAAGUCUCAAGUUUGCAAGAUUUUCCUUGCAGUACACGGAAAUAGAAAGUAAGAUUAAUAAUAGGUUGGAAUCAUGGGAGCCCAAAUUUGGUGGGCAUCAGAGUUUGGAAGAAAGGGAACAAUCUUUCGUUGCAAAUGAUCAGAAACUUAAUUGUGGGUUUGUGAAGGGUCCUAAAGGGUAUCCUAGCACAGGAUUUGACUUGGCUGAAGAUGAUGCAACAUAUAUUGCUACUUGCCAUAUUGCUGUCAUUUCAUGCAUAUUUGGAAACUCCGAUCGUUUGAGAUCACCCAUGGGGAAAACGGUUUCUCGGAUUUCAAGGAAAAAUGUAUGUUUCGUGAUGUUUGUAGAUGAUAUUACUUUACAAACUCUUUCCUCAGAAGGACAUAUGCCGGACAGAAUGAGUUACAUUGGUAUAUGGAGAAUUGUGGUUGUUAAGAAUCUUCCAUACACCGACAUGCGCAGAGUAGGAAAAAUACCUAAACUUUUGGCACACCGUCUUUUCCAUAAUGCAAGGUACUCAAUUUGGUUGGAUAGCAAGCUGCGGCUCCAACUGGACCCUUUACUGGUAUUGGAAUAUUUCUUGUGGCGAAAAGGGCAUGAGUAUGCUAUUUCAAAUCAUUAUGAUCGCCAUUGUGUCUGGGAGGAAGUUGCUCAAAAUAAGAAGCUCAACAAGUACAAUCACACCAUCAUCGAUCAACAAUUUGCCUUCUACCAAGCAGAUGGCUUAACAAGAUUCAAUCCAUUCGAUUCUCAAAAGCUUCUCCCAAGCAAUGUACCAGAAGGUUCUUUUAUUGUAAGGGAACACACGCCAAUGUCAAACUUGUUCUCGUGCCUCUGGUUUAACGAGGUUGAAAGGUUCACACCUCGUGAUCAGUUGAGCUUUGCAUAUACAUACCACAAGCUAAGACGGAUCAACCCCACCACCCCCUUUUACUUUACCAUGUUCAAGGACUGUGAAAGGCGAAAGAUAGCAAAGUUGUUUCGCCACAGGUCAGAAGAGAGUAGAAGAUAUAUGAUGAUUGGACAAGAGGCAGAGUGAGUGAUGUGGAUGAUAAUCAUAUCAGAGCCUUUGUUUGUGUCUACUUAUUAUAUUAUGGAGUGGAGGGAGUUGUAGAUAUACAUACAAGAGGCGUACACUGUUUUUGGGUGGUGAACUGAAGAUGGCCAUACAUACAUAAAUCAUUUGUGUAUUUUAUUUUCCAUCUCAACACCCAGACACCACCUCACACACACCUACCUACCUACCUACCUACCUGGCUGGCAUGCUGUAUUAAGCGUGGUGUACAUUUUUUCUUUCUUUGUGGUUUUAUGGAUCGUAGAUAGUUGGAUGCUAUUUUAUGCAAGGAUUUUGGACUGUUAUUUUUCUUCAUUCAAAUUGGUGGAGUUUGUAUUUGCU